AUGUCGCGCUGGUUGCUGCUGAUCUAUUGCUGCCUCUCCAAUGUGUCUUACUCGCUGCAGGACAUUUGCACCUAUUGCAAGUGCAUACACGGUCAAUACGCCGACGAGCCGAUCUGGAUUGAUGUGGGCAAGAAGACUGAAAUAGCCGUGCUCGGACACUCGUGUGGACGACCGGUGGUGUACACGUGGAAGGCGGUUACCGGCACUGGCGCGACCUUAGUCGAUUUUGGUAAGACGAACGUGCCGCGCGUCAUUUGGAUGCCAUUUGUAGUCUCGGUGCGGCCCGAUACGAAGGGCACAAAUAAUCGUAUUAUCGUGACGAAAAGCGAUGGACGCACAACGGGGCGUUGCGAGUGCCACAUUGACUUCGUCAAUUUGGAUAUCUAUAGUCACAUCGAUGGCGCUGACCUCAUCUCAAUUGGCAGGGAGCAAGUGGUAGAGUUGGAUGGUUCGCACAGCUACGAUUUUAGCCAGCCAAAAGACAAACAACGGUAUACGUUUGAGUGGCGUUGCCAACCAAUUGAGAACGAUUUGAAUAGUCAGUAUUGCCAGAAUGACAGCAUUAUGUGCACUACGCCCAAAUGCAGCAUAGACGGCAACUAUCUUGCCGUAACGGGUCUCUAUAAGAUCACACUUCAUACAACAUCAUCAGUUACGGGUGCAAUUGCCGGUGAUCAUUUGUACAUAAGAGUCGAGUAUGGCACUAAAAUCCCAUUGCUGCUUUUGUGUGUACGCAAUUGUUGGGAUUACUUUUACAACGACGAUUCAAGCGUAUCUAUAGAUGUUGAGUGUAUCGGCUAUUGUGGCGACUCGCUCAAAUUCUACUUUGCCGUCGACGAUAAAUUCAUUACGACUAACAGUAACGGUAAGGUACGGUUCAUGCCACCGAAGGCGGCCACAUUCAAGUUCAAUGUCACGCUCAUAGCAGACGGCAUCGAUAGCGUGGCGAUAGCGACCUUCAAACGCAACGAUCCGCCGACAGGUGGCAGCUGUACAAUCACACCGUCGAAAGGCAUACCGGGUGAUACGCUCUUCAAAGCCGCCUGCAGUAGUUGGACCGAUCGAAAUGUACCCAUAUAUUAUGUGCUAAAGGCCGGUAAUCUGCUGUAUGAUCGCACAACCGAUCCGCAUUGGGAGAUUUACGUGCCGCAAGUAAAGGCGCUCAGCUUUCGUAUAUGCGAUAAGCUGGAUGCCUGUCAGAAAUACGAAGUGCCAAUAGAGCUAAUGAAGCCGGACAUACCGAAAGGGUUGCAAAAUAUACAAGCAUACAUGCAAGAGCCGGCUAACAAUGUGGAACGUUUGCUCGAAGGCGGCGAGUAUGCACGCGCUGUGGUCAAAGCAACGCUGAUGAUGGCGGAGCAGCCGCUGGAUGUAAUUAAGCACGUGCUGUCGGCUUUUAAGAACUUUAAGGCCGACUCAUUGACGGACGUGCGCCAACUGGGCACUAUGACCAGCGAGCUGGUUGAUCCGAUGGGGAACUUAACGAGCGAAAAGGUUAACGUAUUCAAUGAGCUGUUGGAUAAAAUGUGCGAGGGUUUUGACAAGAUAAUUGCAAAUGGCGACAUAAAGGAUAUGCACAAGGAAGAUGUCCGGGAUAUGACCGAAGAAUUGGUGGGCGUGGUAUCGAAGUUCUCAAAUAAAUCGGAGCAAUUUGUCGACGUGCAAUCGUUGCUGUGGGAAUUCGAGGGUGGCAUGUUACGAGUAGCAGAUGAGCGCGCGCCUUUGGAGCCGAAGCACGCACAGCUCAUCGAAUAUUACGGCGCACAUACGAAGCUCAACGACACGGUCUUAGCAGCAAUCAAUAUAUGGAUGCAUGCCAUUUGUCGUUCCUUCGAAUUAUUGCGUGACAUGGGUGUGGCAAGUAGCCACAAUGUGCAUAAGGGCGAUCACGGCCUGGUAGUUGAUAAGUUAACGGUGCAGAUGAUAGCUUUCGGCAUGGAUGAUACUGACGCUUUGACCGUGGUCUCAUUGGACUACCUAACCACAGCGGUGCUCACUAAGCCAAUGCUGCAGGAUAUGCAAGCGAAGCUGGGUGGCGCUGAAAUGACCGCACAAAUGAUCUCGUUCAAGGAGAAUCCGUUCUGGUGGUAUCCCACAGAACAUCCCAUCACUACUAACGUCUUCUACUUCAGCGCAUUCAGUGAAGCUGACCCAACGAUUUCGGGUAUUGAGCUCAAGGUGCCGUUCAAAUUUGAAAUGCUGCAACAACGCACAUCAAAAGAGCCUCCUUUAUUACGUGGCUAUGUGGAGGCUGCCGAAGAAAUGCCGAUAUAUCAAAUACGCGCGCCACAGGGCGCCGCUGUCAUUAUUGAUAUCAUAAAAGUCGAGUUGGAUAUGGAUGUGCUGGUGAAAUGCAAUAAGAUGCCAAAUCUGAAAGCAGUGCGUCAAGAGGGCAAGCAAGUGAAGUUGCAUAAGACGAGCAAUGACACCAUUCAAAAUGGCACGAAAUAUUUCGACUCAAAUUGUGCGAAUAAAGCUGAUUGGUGCUAUUUGGCGCUAAUCGCCGCGAAGGGGGUGCAAGUGCGGCGUAGAGCACACUAUGCCUUCACUGUGGAGCUAUACGAGUGCCUGUCUUGGAAUGUGAAUCUGGCGAAUCCCACAUGGCAGAGCAAGGGUUGCGUCGCGGCAAUCGAUCCGGAAGGUGGCGACAAUAUUACCUGCCUUUGCUAUCACAUGUCGACAUUCGCUGGUUCUUCCUACCACAGCACAGCCGAGGAGUUGGUACGCGAUCGCAUAUUAAAGCAACACUUGGACGUAAAUUGGUAUGUAGUGGCAUUCUACAUCUUACUGCUUUUGGUCUUCUUAUGGUUACUGCUACGCACUUGUGACGAUCUGACGAUGAAUCAUGCGAAAUUGGUCGCCGAGUUGAGUGAAAAUGACCAAAUUGUGAUGCGCAAUAUUGCCUUGCAUAUAACCACGGGCGGUCAGUGGACGGCAGCAAGUUCGGCGAAAAUACUGAUUUCAUUGCCGAGCGGUCAAACUUACACGGUCACACAAGAUCCGGAGCGUCCAUUUCUGCGGCCGCACACAACUUGCGUGCUCGAGCUGCCCAUACACGCUAGUAAACUUAACGGACUGCAGAUAAGUCAAGAUAAGAGUGGCCGCUAUCCGUCGUGGUACUGUGAGUCUAUAACCAUUGUCAAUCUAACGACUGGCCAGAAGCAACACUGCACUGUACGCAAAUGGAUUGGCAGAACGCCGGUGAGUGUGCAACCCGAUAAGUUGGCCGAAGAUGUGGCAAACAAGGAGGAAAACAACAGCGAAAAGUUGUCGGGCAAGCAGAAGUGGAAGAAAUUUAGAGCCGCCUACUAUGAUGUAUUUAUGGCAUGGUUUCUCUUUCAGCCGCUCUUCGGUAGCUGGCAUUGUGGCAUGAUCGAGACGAAUCGCUUCGUGCGCAGUUGCAUUUUGAUAUCGAAGUUUGCGGUUAUAGUUUUGUUAGUGUUCUUGUAUUUCGGCGAAACCAAUUUGGAUAAUUAUGAAGCGGAGCGUUAUAACUUUCAGGCUUUAAUACGUCUGAUCGAUGGCUGGUUUGUGCUCUACCUAUGUGGUUGCUACUUCAUAACGUUAGCGCUGGAAUUAUUGUUGCUCUUGUUUGUCUAUCCCGACUUCUGGAAGGGUUUCAAGCGCUCUGCUGAUGGCAGAGAUAGUAAUUCGCAUAUGAAAGUGAAUCCAUCGUCAAACGAGAGCUACGCAGGUAACAAGCCGAAUGAUAAAAGUUUGGAGGGACCGCGAAAUCUCAGCACGGACACAAACCUUGAAAGUGAGCGUGGUUUUAUGAUGUACUGAGUGAUUGGAAGAAGAAGAAGAGUGCUUGGA